CAUCCCAAGUACUUCCGGCCUCCCGCCCUGGACGCUGCCACCGGAGCGUGCGGUGGCAGGCAUGGAUGCCAGGUGGUGCUGAGAUCAGUGGGGCAUGGCUGCAGCCCUGCAGGUCCUGCCCUGUUUGGCCCGAGCCUUCUUGCGCCAGCGGUUCUGGGGGAGUCCAGCAACCCGAAUGGCCAGUGGCAUGGCCCUACCAAAGCUGGCACGGCAGCUAUUUGAAAGCUCUGUGGGUGCUGUGCUGCCAGGCCCCAUGUUGCACCGGGCACUAUCCUUCGAUCCUGAUAGUGGGCAGCUGAAGGUGCGGGACCGGAGCUUUCAACUGCGGCAAAACCUUUACCUGGUGGGCUUUGGUAAGGCUGUGCUGGGAAUGGCAGCUGCUGCUGAGGAGCUACUGGGCCAUCAUCUCGUACAGGGCGUGAUCAGCGUUCCCAGAGGGAUCCGUGCGACCUUGGAGCAUGCUGGCAAGCAGGAGAUGCUGUUGAAGCCACACAGCCGUAUCCAGGUAUUUGAGGGUGCAGAGCACAACCUGCCGGACCGUGAUGCACUACGGGCUGCACUAGCCAUCCAGCAGCUGGCCAGAGGUCUCACAGCUGAUGAUCUGCUGCUUGUGCUCAUCUCAGGUGGGGGCUCAGCUCUCCUGCCCGCUCCCAUCCCACCCAUCACACUGGAGGAGAAGCAGACACUUACCAAGUUGCUGGCAGCCCGAGGAGCCACUAUCCAGGAGCUGAACACCAUUCGGAAGGCCUUAUCCCAGCAGGGUGGUGGACUGGCGCAGGUCGCCUACCCUGCCCAGGUGGUGAGCCUGAUUCUGUCAGACGUGGUGGGGGACCCUCUGGAGUUCAUCGCCAGUGGACCCACUGUGGCCAGUGUCCACAGCGUGCAAGAUUCCCUGCACAUCCUCAAUCGCUACAACCUUCGUGCUGACUUGCCGCGUUCUGUGAAGACUGUGCUGGCUCAGGCCGACUCUGACCCCCAUGGGCCACACACCUGCGGGCAUGUCCUCAAUGUGAUUAUUGGCUCAAACGCAAUGGCACUGGCUGAGACCCAGCAGCAGGCUGAAGCGCUGGGAUACCGAGCUGUGGUGCUGACCGCAGCCAUGCAGGGCGAUGUGAAAAGGGUGGCCCAGUUCUACGGGCUGUUAGCCAGAGUGGCUGGAGCUUGCCUCUCCCAUACUGGGACUGAAACCCUUGUGGAGGAGGACACGCAGCUCCAUGAGCUCGCGACUGAGCUUCAGCUCCCGGACUUGCAGCUGAAGGACUCUCUGAAGGCUGUGGCAGAGGCCAAGGGGCCCAUCUGCCUGCUGGCUGGUGGAGAGCCCACCGUGCAGUUGCAGGGCUUGGGCAGGGGGGGCCGGAACCAGGAACUGGCCCUGCGUGUUGGAGUGGAGCUGGGACGCUGGCCUCUGGGGCCUAUUAAUGUGCUGUUUUUGAGCGGUGGCACUGAUGGGCAGGAUGGGCCCACAGAGGCAGCUGGGGCUUGGGUCACUGCUGAGCUUGCCAGCCAGGCUGCUGCAGAGGACCUGGAUGUGGCCACCUUCCUAGCCCACAAUGACUCACAUACCUUCUUCUGCCGCUUCCAGGGUGGGUCACACCUGCUACGCACAGGGAUGACCGGCACCAAUGUCAUGGACACCCACCUCCUGUUCCUGUGGCCACGGUGAUAGCAUAGGUCAUAUUUUGGGAGUCCAGAGGAGGCCUACAAGGGCGAGGUCCGGGGGUGACAAGGUUGGUCCCUAGGGCUGUACUAGGCCUUAGCACCUCUCCCCUCCUUGGCCUUGGCUGCUUGGUUGGCUCUCCCACCUCCCACCCAGGGCCUCCGCUUUAUAGCCAUCCUCACUCAACCAGAUUGGCAGAUUGGGGUGCUCUUCCACCCCUGCUUUCUGCCAUAGCAGCAGGUACCCCUGAGGAGCAGGGCAAGCCCCUUUACCAGUUUGCUGUUCUCGGGUUUUUUCCCUGGGGCAGCUCUUCUGCUGAGCUCCCAAGCCUGUAUUUUUCUGUGGGGUGAUGCACAGAUUGAAAAUAAAAUGGACCACACUAUGGUUCUCCAUGCAUCUUCCCUCAGAGCAAACACUUGAGGGAAACCAUUGGGGCGAGAAGUGGGGUCAGAUGACAGCUUCAGUGCCUGGAUUUCUCACGCCUUCUCUGCAGGCCAUACCUAGCACUUGCUUUAUGUUGAGCCUAGUUCCUGUCAUGCUCAUCGUGGGUGAGCAGAAACCCCAGGCCACUAUCCAACCAUGAGCCUCCCCUGUCGCAUCCGUGCCACAGUCUCUCCAGCAUCUGCUGUAUGCCUUGCUGGGUGGAUAUUUACUACCAGCCACCAGGGACACCCGGCCCUUUUGUCCUAGGACAGCCCUUAACCACGGCCUGCUCUUUCUUUGGUUGAGCCUCCCUCUGUUUAUCCAGGGGCUACUCUGACCACACAGGAAGCUGUCCUUGUUUCCUUGUGCCGGUCCUAUUUCUCAGGAUGAACAUCCUCAGUUCCUUCAGCCAUUUCUCUGGGGACUCAGUUCAGUUCUCCAGUCUUGCAGGGGGGAUCUAGUAGCUUCCUCAGUCCCCAUUUCAGUUGGUGGGGAAGAGAACAACGGGAGGAGGGCAACAGGGGAGUGGCUCCCUUGGCCAGGUUAGCAGCCUGUGCUAGGAGAGGAAAGGGCCGUGCUGUCUUGGCUCGCCUUGGCUCCCUUGCCCAGUAUCCAAGCCCUCUGCUGGCCACCCUCGCCGUGCGCCACGGCUCCAAUCCCUAUAUGAGUGAGCAGUAGAAUCACAUAGGAAUAAAAAGCCAUAGAGAACAGCGAGGCCUGGGGCUGCUCCUGCUGGUCUCCCCUUCCACCCUAACUGGCCCCUCCUCUCAGGGUGGGAAGGGACUCUGGGCCAGCACUUGCAUGUCCUCCCUCUGGCAAGAGCCUUCCCUCCCUACUUGGGCUUUAGACAUCCCAGCUUGAGAUGGUUCAUGAUCUGGGGAGGGAUGUCACUCACAGGUCAGCCUGGGGCUUGGGAGAGAGUUGAGCAAGGCCAACCAGCUUCUGGGGGCCAGAGAGUUUAGGGAAAGGGGGAGUUUUUACUACUCUGUGAUGCAGUGACACCACUUCUCUUCUGUCCUGGCCUGGAAUUUCCACUGCCCAGGGUCAUAGUGUUGGGAUAUUAGCCCAUGUGGUAGUGCCUGUGCCCUCGUCUUCCUCUGCAACUUCUAGUUACGCUGAGCCUGCCUCCAUCUUCACCCUUGGGAACAUGAGUGUCAGCACCUGGGGUCAAGUUCCAGACAAGAGCAGGAUGGGAGGGCUGUGGUUGGGGCAGGGACCUAUCUGCCAUGUCACGUGCGUGUGUGUGUGUGGAGGGGGGCGGGCAUGCACACAGAUACAACAUGGGAUGUGUACUUGGCUGCUUAUAUACCUGGUGAGGAGUUUGAGUGUGGGUGGGGUCUUGGUGGAGGCUCCCCCCUAUGUUACCCUGGCCCUGCCCUCACCUCUAUUUGUGGGGGCCAGGAGCCCACGGACAGGAUUGGGUCUAACCCAUUAGAUUUGCUCACUUGAUACCCACUGGGUUAGAAAGGAUAUAUUUGGCUACACCCUCGGUGAAAAUAUAAAUCCUACAUAGUAUGUGCUCAGUAGGACUUAGUGGCUCCAUAAAUGUCAAUUAUGGGUUGUAAUGAUUGCUCCCAUCCUUGGCUUUUGGCUUGGGUCUCUCCUGGCUCAGAUCCCUGUGGCCCUUGCUCACCUCAUCUCCACUCCUUGAGAUUGUCCUGGCCCAGCUCGAGGCUUUUGCCAUGGAGCUUGUCUGCCCCCCCAGCCCCCUAACUGUCCAUUCUCACAGAUCCCUCCACUCUCUGCACUUGGCAUGCGCUGAGAGCAGCUGGGCAGUGGGCCCUGCAUAGCCCUUAGGUGUCAGUUAAUCCAAAUCCCUUUGUUUUAUAGCCGGGACACCACUAUCAAGAGAAGAAAGGUAGUUUGUCUGGGGUACACAGCAAGGCUGCUGCAGACCAGGGUGAGAAUCUGGUUGGGAUGUGCUUGACCACCCUCUGCCCUCUCUCUGGAGAGGCUCUGGGGCCCGCUGCUCCCUGCCUGCUGUUGCUCAGGGGCUUGGAUUGGCGACAUGAACACAUGUGGCCUCUCUCGAGGCCCAUAAAGCAGAUCUGUCAGUACCUUCUUGGGUCAGGUUUCACAGCUCCCUUAGGCGUGUGACUUGGCAGAAGACCACCUGCAAUUGGGUGGCGAAUUUCUACCCAACAGUGUGUGUCUGUGUCUCUGCACAUCUGCAUGUGUGUGCCUGGGUACACGUGUGGGCAUGUGUGUUCUGCUCAGCCCAUGACUCAUCACUAAGUGGACCUCUGAGCCAUGCUCUGCUCUGUGCUAGAGUGAGUGAGUUAGGUAUGGUUGGAGUAUUGGGGAUAUGAUGAAGUGAAUUGGGCAAAGAGGCCAUAGAGGCCGACAGGCCAGCUGGCAAAGAAUUUUCUGAGCCUGGCCAAGGGGAUCCAAUCUCACCUUGACAGCGGGGACUAGUGUCAUGAGAAUUUAAGUGAGGGGUGAUGCCACGAGGCUGUUUGAAGACUGAUGCUGAGGCCUGCCUGCCUUACUGCAUGGGUGAGGGGUGGGGACAAGCAAGGAGGGGAAGGGGGUUGCAGGUGAGUGAGAGGUAUAUUAUUAUCAGGCUUGGGAACCCCCUCCUACCUCCCCUCUGCUCGCUCCCCCUGCAGCCUCAUACAGCCGUCUGCCAGCCCAGGUGAUCCUGAAGAUGCCUACUUUGAAAUCAAGGCUGGCAGCCCUGGCUCAAAGAGCCCUGGGAGUAACCUAGCCACUCUGUCCCUGGGAAUGUCAUUGGGCCUUGAGAAUUUGAGGGACAGAAAGAUGGGCAGCUGGUGGACAUUCUGGUGAGCACAGCUCCCGUCCUCAUGUAGGCUCUCACCAGGGUCGCAGUUAAAGGGCCUGGAAGGAGCAGAGAGUGGGAGUCAGGUCCUAAGUCCUUAACUUGCCUUGUCACUUUCCUAUCUUCAGGCCUCCCCACUGUCUAAUAGGGACACCAUCCUUGUCCUACUCCCCUCUCUGGGGAGGUGUGAGCUUCGAGGGCAUCUGGGUAGGAAAGCUCUGUGGAAGUGGAGGACUUGGGGCGGAAGGGGAAAAAGGAGUUGUUGGCUUCUGCUAUGGUGAAGUUCAGGGCAGAGGCCAGUAAGGCCUUCGUGUCCACUGAGGCUGAGAGAGUACUGCCCUCUGGCACUGGAUGGGCACUUGCAGGGGGUGGUAUUUGAGUCUUGAAUGACUGGCAGAGUUACAGAACUGAGGGGGUCAGCUGGAACAAGAAUUGACCCAGCCUGAGAGAGAGUCCCCAUCAAGUCUCAGAAAAAUGGACAGGGUAGCUUGCUUCCCUCUGGAUCUGGAUCACGUGUGAGAGAGAUGGGGUGGGCAAGAACCAGCUUGACCCCAGGUUGGGAAUCAUUACUUGAGAAGAUUUGGGGUGUGCUAGGGGUAGGGGGACACCAACACACCUUGAGUGGCGGGGAAGCCAGUGACUUAGGCUGCUUGUGAGUGAUAGGACCGUGGAGUGUAGUGAGCUGUGCCCAGGCCAGGAGAGGUGGCCUUUCUGAAUGUCUGAGAAUCGCCCCCUCCCUGAUGACCAUUGGGACCAGUCCUGAGACUAUGCUUUCCUACUUUCCCUGGCUCAGGCUUCCCUUGGAUAUGUAGAGACUGGAUGGGGCAAACUGGGGUGCACCUCCUAAACCUCUGCACUUGGUCCCCAUUAGCUUAUGCCCACAGCUCUGAUUCCACCUCUAACACUUUUCCAUCUGGGAAGGGUUGCUGAGCUGCUCAGACCAAGAGGCUGUGGUCAGGGAAGAGAGUGAGGCAGAGUUGGCCUCCAAAACAAGUGUCCCGUUGGCCUAGCCCUAGGAGAACAAAUGCCUUUAGAGGCUUUGCCUCAUGGGAUUGUUACCUACCAUGAUCUUGUCCGCUGCUGGCUCCCUGAGAAUUCAAGGAAACGAAGGCCCUGGCUUGGCCCUACUGUGGCCAGAUAGCCAGGGGCUGGUCCCCCAAGAUGUCCCCAUUGGGAAGAUCCCCUCUGGUCUCACACUCCUGGCCUUUGCUGCUCCCUCCUCUGGCAGCCAGCAGAGCGACCUUGCUCACUCUCUGGGGGAAGUGUGGGCAGUGCUCUUGUCUCUCCAGCUCUGUCAUUCCAUCCUCAGAUCCAGUAAGUAGGGGGUGGCAGGGCCCCUUCUAUCCACUCCCCCCCCCCACACACCUGCCCAGCUUCAAGGUCUCUGGCUCUCCUUGUACCCUGGGUCAUCUCCAAUAAUCACACUUGUAGCUGUAUUCAAGAGCCAGGAUUCUGUCUCCACCUGUUCUCCACCCCCC